AUGUCUACAGCUCAACUACAGAUAGUUGAUGGAAUAGCAUUAACGCAGAUUUUCAAUGGUUUAAAAUCAAAUAAGGAAGAAGAAAGAAAUAGAUAUGCCUUAGAAUUACGAAAUUAUCUAGCUUCUAUAGCUAGAGAUCUAUCACCAGAGCAGUUUAAUAGAUAUAAUAACGAUAUCAAUAAAACUAUUUUUGAAUUUUUGCAUAGUAAUGAAACAACAGAGAAAUUGGGAGGAAUAGCAGCGUUGAAUUCUUUGAUUGAUUUUGAUUCGGGUGUAGGGGAAGAAAAUGCUACAAAGACAGCUAGAUUUUCAAAUUACUUGGGAUCAUUAAUCUUAUCAAACGAUUUGACAAUUAUGAAGCAAGCAACCAUGACCUUGGGUAAGUUGGCCACUCCUGGAGGUACUCUUACAGGUGACUUUGUCGAUUUCGAAGCUAAAAGGGCCAUAGAAUGGUUACAGAGUGACAAUAAGCAACAUGAAAACAGAAGGCAUGCAGCAAUAUUGAUUAUCACUGCAUUAGUGGAUAAUGCUCCUACUUUAUUAUAUAACUUUAUCAACCAGAUUUUGGAGCAUUUGUGGAUCCCAUUGAGAGACAAUAAGUUGGUAAUAAGAACCGAUGCAGCUAUUGCUUUACAGAAAUGCAUGCGAAUAAUUUAUGAUAGAGAUAUAAAUUCUCGUCGAUUUUGGAUCAAACAUUUCAUAGAUAUGGCAUCGAAAAUAUUAAACGAUAAUGUUGCAAGAAGCAGUGCAUCUGAAUCCAAUGACGCAAGUAGCAAUGGUAAUAGUAAUAAUGGCGUGAGUUCUGUCAAUGCAGCGGCAAAUACCGCCUAUAACUUAAUUUAUUCCACUGCUACGGGUUCGCAAGCUAACGAGUCAAUUCAUGGUUCUCUUCUUGUUUACAGAGAACUAAUUUCAUUUCAUAGUGAUCCAUAUAUUCAUUCCAAAUUUGAAUUGAUUUACGAAAACACAGUAUUGUAUAGGAAUCAUAAACAAGCAAUCAUUAGACAAGAAUUAACUAAUAUCAUUCCACUAUUGUGCAAAGUGAAUACUGAAUUAUUUGUUGAAAAAUAUUUGCAUAGAACAUUAUUGCAUUAUUUAUCACAGUUAAAGCAAUUAAAAAGUCAACAUAGCGAAACAGCAAAUAAAGAUAAGAGUGCCAUAUUUAGAAGUAUUGGGUUAAUUUCUUUGGAAGUAGGAAACCAAAUGGCAACUUACUUGGAUGCUAUUUUAGAUAAUAUUCGAGAUGGAUUAUCUUAUCCUUCCAAUCCAAGUGUACAGCUGAUUUUAGUCAAUGCAGUAUCUAAUAAUGGUGAUAAUCCACUAUCUGGAGCUGUUACUUCGAGUAAUGGGUCUGCUCAGUCAACCAUCAAUGGCUUGAAUAGCAUCUCCACUUCUGUUUCUGGACCCUCAAAGUAUAGAUCCAGCAGAAAGAAUACGGAACCUGCCAUUUUUGAUUGCAUAAGUAAAUUAUCUAUUGCUGUAGGUCCAGCUUUGACAAAACAUUUACAGCGUGAUAUCUUGGAUAUGAUGUUUAGUAACUGUUCCUUAUCGGUCUACAUGCAGAAUGUCCUACAAACCUUAAUCGUUAAUAUUCCAAUGUUAACUAAUCUUAUAAACAUGAAGCUAUUGAACUUAUUAAGUUUGGUUUUAUCAGGAAAAUUUUCAACCUCCUGGUUCGCCAUAUGGAUCCAUAAAAUGAACGAAUCCUUAGCAAGAGACUAUAGAUUAAUUAUGAUCUCAAGAGACACAGGAUUAAGUAUCAACAAUAUACUUAACGAUCCAGAUAAUUAUGAAAACUAUGAUAGUGCAAUUUUGGUCCAAGCAUUAAAUAUGCUCGCUUUUUUUGAAUUCGAGAACUAUCAGCUAAAUGAAUUCGUAAGAUACUGUACAAUAACGUAUCUUGAACACAAUGUCCCUAAAGUUCGUCAAACUGCUACGAUAACAUCGUGUGAAAUAUUUAUUAAAGAUCCAAUUUGCCAACAAACUAGUGUGAAUGCAUUAAAUGCUGUUAACGAAGUUUUAGACAAACUUCUCUCUAUAGCAAUCACUGAUCCCAUACCUGAAAUAAGGUUAGAAGGCUUAAAUUGUUUGGCAAAUGCUGGAAACUUUGAUCCUCAACUUUCACAGGCUAACAAUGUCAGACUUCUAUUUAUUGCAUUAAAUGAUGAGGUAUUCAGCAUCCGGAAAAUAGCCAUAAAAAUUUUAGGUAGGUUAUCGUCGAUAAAUCCCGCCUAUAUUGUUCCUUCUUUAAGAAAGACUUUAAUUCAAUUAUUGUCGCGUUUGGAAUAUUCACCUACAAGUCGGAAAAAGGAAGAAAGCGCUACAUUAAUAUCACUUCUUAUAAGCAAUUCAAAGGAAUUAACAAGACCGUAUGUGAAGCCAAUAGUCGAAGCAUUAUUGCCGAAGGCAAAAGAUCCAAGCUCAUCAGUCGCCGCAAGUGCAAUCAACUGUCUUGGGGAGUUAGCGGUCGUUGGAGGGGAAGAUUUACAGCCCUUUAUUCCUGAUUUGAUGCCUUUAAUUUUAGACACUUUCCAAGAUCAGAGUUCUUCUUUUAAAAGAGACGCCGCAUUGAAAACAUUAGGCCAAUUGGCUAGUUCAUCUGGGUACGUUAUUAAACCUUUGCUUGAUUAUCCACAGUUAUUGGGGAUGUUAGUCGGAAUUUUAAAGCUGGAAAGUUCACCUCAUAUAAGGAGAGAAACAGUUAGAUUAUUGGGUAUCUUAGGUGCAUUAGACCCUUAUAAGCAUCGUGAGGUUGAGCAGAAUUCUAAGAAUAUACCAUCAGAACAAAAUGCUCCACCAGUAGAUGUUGCAUUGCUAAUGCAAGGUAUGUCUCCGUCAAAUGAUGAAUACUAUCCAACAGUUGCUAUAAAUAACCUAAUGAAAAUUUUAAAAGAUCCAUCAUUGACAGCUCAUCACAAUAAAGUGAUUCAAGCUAUCAUGUAUAUUUUCCAGACAUUAGGGUUAAGAUGCGUUUCAUUUUUACCACAAAUCAUUCCUGGUAUUAUCAAUGUCAUGAAUACAUGUCAGCCUUCGAUGUUGAAGUUUUACUUUCAACAAUUAGGUGCAUUAAUAUUGAUAGUUAAGCAACAUAUUAGACCAUUUCUUCCUGAAAUAUUUGAAGUUAUCAAGGGAUCUUUCAACAUUAAUAUCCAAUUGAAUGUUCAAGUGAUCAUUAUUAAUUUGAUUGAGUCUAUUUCAAGGGCUUUGGAAGGUGAGUUUAAAAUGUACCUUCCAGAUGUUUUGAAUUUAAUGUUAAAUGUCUUUGAAGAUGAUAAAUCAGUUAAAAGAGAACCAUCUUUACAUGUUUUGAAAGCAUUUGUUGUCUUUGGAAGCAGCAUUGAAGAAUAUGUGCAUAUAAUAGUACCAAAUAUUGUGAAAAUGUUUGAAAUGGGUCCGAUUGUACUUCGUCGUGCUGCCAUAGAGACAAUUGGUAGAUUAUCAAAGCAAGUUCUAUUGAAUGAUAUGGCAUCUAGAAUUAUACACCCUAUUUUACGUGUAUUACGCCAAGGUAACGAUGAAUUGAAAGCUACUGCAAUGAAUACUUUAAGUUACUUAUUAUUACAAUUAGGUAACGAGUUCAGUGUUUUUAUUCCUGUAAUCAAAUCAUUAUUGAUACAACAAAAAAUACACUCAGCAAUUUUUGAGCAACUUGUUAAUAAGCUUUUAAGUGGUGAUCCAUUACCAGCUUAUCUUAACAUUUAUAAAGAUUAUGAUAUCCAUGUUAAUCAUUUUGACGUUCCUGAUGUUGAUAUGCCGUCUAAGAAAUUACCAGUCAACCAAGGUGCAUUGAAGGCAGCUUGGGAUUCCAGCCUGCGCCGAACCAAGGAGGACUGGCAAGAAUGGAUUGGGAGGCUAAGUAAAGAAUUAUUGAAGCAAAGUCCUUCGCAUGCAAUAAGGGCAUGUGCUGGAUUAGCAACUGAUUAUCAUCCUUUAGCAAAAGAUUUAUUUAAUGCAAGUUUUGCUAGUUGUUGGAGUGAAUUAUAUUCACAGCAUCAGGAAGAAUUAGUAGAAUCGUUUUGUAUUGCAUUAUCAUCCCCAAAUAAUCCCCCAGAAAUUCAUCAGAUUUUGUUAAAUUUAGCUGAAUUUAUGGAACAUGAUGAUAAAUCUUUACCAAUCGCAAUAACAACUCUAGGUCAAUACGCGCAGCGUUGUCAUGCAUAUGCUAAAGCAUUACAUUAUCAAGAAUUAGAAUUUUAUGUGGAACCUACUACUCCAACAAUUGAGUCGUUAAUCAGCAUAAAUAACCAGCUUCAGCAAUCUGAUGCAGCUGUUGGAAUUUUGAAGCAUGCGCAAUUGCACCAUGACCUUCAAUUAAAGGAAACAUGGUAUGAGAAGUUACAGAGAUGGGAUGAUGCCUUACGAGCAUAUAGUUUGAGAGAGAAGCAGGAACCUGACAAUAUGGAAAUUACUAUGGGUAAAAUGAGAUGUUAUCAUGCUUUGGGAGAAUGGGAGCAGUUAUCUGAAUUAGCUCAAAGCAAAUGGAAUAACUCUUCCAGUGAUAUAAAAAGAGGCGUAGCUCCUUUGGCAGCUGCAGCUGCUUGGGGUUUAGGUCAAUGGGAUAGAAUGGAUUCAUGUAUAAAGGUCAUGAAAACAGAAUCUCCGGAUAAAGCUUUCUUUAACGCUAUUUUAAGUUUACAUCGUAAUAAUUUUGAGGAUGCAUCUAACCAUAUUUUGAAAGCAAGAGACUUAUUGGUAACUGAAAUUACUGCAUUAGUGAGUGAAAGUUAUAAUAGAGCUUACGGCGUUGUAGUAAGGGUUCAAAUGCUUGCAGAGUUAGAAGAAAUUAUCAAGUAUAAAUGCUUGCCGCAAGGUUCAGAGAAACGGGUUAUUAUGAGAAAAACUUGGAAUACAAGAUUACUUGGAUGUCAGAGAAAUGUUGAUAUUUGGCAAAGAAUGUUAAAAGUUAGAGCUCUUGUUAUCAAGCCCAAACAAGAUAUGGAUAUGUGGAUUAAGUUUGCCAACUUAUGUCGUAAAUCAGGUAGAUUGAAUUUAGCUGAAAAGUCGUUGAAUUAUUUAUUGGAAGAGGGUUCUCCAGAAAAUCCUUCUAGAGCUCCACCACAAGUUGUAUAUGCACAAUUGAAAUACAUGUGGGCCAAGGGGCAGCAGAAAGAAGCCUUACGUCAUUUAGUUGAUUUUACGACUCGGAUGUCUCAAGAUUUGGGAUUAAAUCCAAAUGACUUGAUCACACAGCCAUUGCCAUCUGAAGGGCCAGGUAUUCCAAAGCAUGUGGAAGAGUAUACGAAGCUUUUGGCUAGAUGCUUUUUGAAGCAAGGUGAAUGGCAAAUAUCAUUAAACAAUAAUUGGAGAACUGAAACUUCAGAAAUUAUAUUGGGAGCAUAUCUUUUAGCAACGCAUUUUGACGACAAAUGGUAUAAAGCAUGGCAUAAUUGGGCUCUUGCCAAUUUUGAAGUGAUUUCACUUUUCACUUCGCAGAAUAACAACGGUAAUAACGGAACUAUCAAUGUUAGUCAAGGUGAAAUAAUGGAUCAAAAUGAUCAAGUGAACGUUACAACAUCUGAUGAGCAAUCUCAACAGCCCCAGAGACAGAUACAACCUACAAAUAUUAUACCUAUGGAUGUUGUUCAACGUCAUGUCGUUCCGUCUAUAAAAGGUUUCUUCCAUGCUAUUGCAUUAUCAAAUACAAAUUCUUUGCAGAAUACAUUGAGAUUGCUUACGUUGUGGUUUAAAUUUGGGGGAAUUCCUGAAGCAGCUCAAGCUAUGAAUGAGGGUUUUAACAUGGUUAAAAUUGAUAAUUGGUUGGAGGUUGUUCCUCAAUUAAUUUCACGUAUUCAUCAACCAAAUCAAACUGUUAGCAGAUCUUUAUUUGGAUUAUUAACUGAUUUGGGUAAAGCACAUCCUCAAGCACUUGUUUAUCCAUUGGCAGUUGCAGUUACAUCUGAGUCUGUAAACCGUAAAAAGGCUGCAUUGUCAAUUAUUGAUAAAAUGCGUAUUCACUCCGCAACCUUGGUUGAUCAAUCUGAUUUAGUCAGUCAUGAAUUGAUCAGAGUUGCUGUACUCUGGCAUGAACAAUGGUACGAAGGUCUAGAAGAUGCAUCAAGACUUUUCUUUGGUGAGCACAAUACUGAAAAGAUGUUCGAAGUUUUAGAGCCUUUGCAUCAAAUGUUACAAAAGGGACCCGAGACCAUGAGAGAGGCAUCAUUUAAUAAUGCAUUUGGUAGAGAACUUGCUGAUGCAUAUGAAUGGGUUUUGAACUUCCGUCGUACUAAAGAUAUUACUAAUCUAAACCAAGCAUGGGAUAUAUACUAUAAUGUUUUCCGGAGAAUUAGUAGACAGUUGCCUCAAUUACUGAGUUUGGAAUUACAAUAUGUAUCACCGAAGUUGGAGGAGGCAAACAACCUUGAAUUGGCAGCGCCAGGUACAUAUCAUGCCGGAAAACCAACCAUCAAGAUUGUCAAGUUUGAUCCAACAUUUUCAGUCAUCUCAUCUAAACAGAGACCAAGAAAAUUAUCAUGCAAAGGUAGUGAUGGUAAAGAAUACCAAUACGUUUUGAAAGGUCAUGAAGAUAUUAGACAGGAUAAUUUGGUUAUGCAAUUGUUUGGUUUGGUCAACACAUUGUUGGUAAACGACCCAGAAUGUUUCAAAAGACACUUAGAUAUUCAACAGUACCCAGCGAUCCCAUUAUCACCUAAGGUGGGUUUAUUAGGUUGGGUUCCUAACAGUGAUACCUUCCACGUCUUAAUAAGAGAGUACCGUGAGUCGCGUAAGAUUUUAUUAAAUAUUGAACAUCGUAUAAUGUUGCAGAUGGCCCCAGAUUAUGAUAGUCUUACAUUAUUGCAAAAAGUGGAGGUAUUCACCGGGGCUUUAGAUAAUACCAGAGGUCAAGAUUUAUAUAAGGUUUUAUGGCUAAAAUCAAAGUCUUCGGAAGCUUGGUUAGACCGUCGUACCACAUACACACGCUCUUUGGCAGUAAUGUCUAUGGUUGGCUACAUUUUAGGUUUAGGUGAUCGUCAUCCUUCUAAUUUGAUGCUUAAUAGGAUAACGGGUAAAGUUAUCCAUAUUGAUUUCGGUGAUUGUUUUGAGGCUGCUAUAUUACGUGAAAAGUACCCCGAAAAAGUGCCAUUCAGAUUGACAAGAAUGCUUAAUUAUGCCAUGGAAGUAAGUGGUAUUGAAGGAUCAUUCCGUAUAACAUGUGAACACGUUAUGAGAGUUUUAAGAGACAAUAAGGAAUCAUUAAUGGCAAUUUUGGAAGCAUUUGCGUAUGAUCCUUUGAUUAACUGGGGAUUUGACUUCCCGACAAAAGCAGUAGCGGAAGCCACUGGUAUUAGGGUACCACAAGUCAAUACUGCUGAGCUAUUAAGAAGAGAAGAAAUAGAUGAACAGGAAGCAGCUAGAUUGACUAAACAGAACGAGAUUGAAAUUAGAAACGCAAGAGCUGCAUUGGUGUUGAAGAGAAUUACUGAUAAGUUGACUGGUAAUGAUAUUAAAAGAUUGAAUGAUUUGGAUGUACCAACUCAGGUGGACAAAUUAAUUCAACAAGCUACAAGUGUAGAAAAUUUAUGUCAGCAUUAUAUUGGAUGGUGCUCAUUUUGGUAG